UGCAGCAAUUGUGGCAAGCACUUCCAAACCAUCUGAUCAACGACAACAAAAGCACAUUUUCAAUGGCCUCUUCCCAAUUGUUUAUCGCUAUUUCCACCGUCGCAUUAAUCUUUCUUCCAUCGGUUUUGGCUACGGAUUUUUUCGUCGGAGACGGUAAUGGAUGGAGGAUUAACUUCGAUUACCAGGCUUGGGCUGCAGGAAAGGAGUUUCGGGUUGGAGACAAACUGGUAUUCAAGUAUCCAGAAGGAGCGCAUAAUGUCCACAAGGUUGAUGUUGCUGGGUUCCAGAACUGCGCUGCGCCGGCUGGCAGCCAAGCUCUGGUUAGCGGCAACGAUGUGAUUACAUUGAGUAGCCCUGGAAAGAAAUGGUACAUUUGUGGUGUGGGGAAGCAUUGUGAGGUGGGGAACCAAAAGCUGGUCAUAACAGUUUUACCUCAAGUGGGAACCCCAGCAUCUUCUCCUUCUCCUAGCCCAGCCCCUGCAUCAGCAGCAGCAGCAGGCAGGACUAUUACUUCUGCUUCAUUGAAAUUCUAUGGGUGGAUGUUGUCCAUUUUAGGGAUCUUCUUUUUCAUAACAAUUCCAAUGGCGUCUUCCCAUUUCUUCUUCAUCGUCAUUGUCAUUGUUGCCAUCACUGUUCCAUCAGUUUUGGCAACCGAGUUUAUCGUUGGGGACGACAGUGGCUGGACAAAUAACUUCGAUUACCAAGCCUGGGCUGACGGGAAGCAGUUUCGUGUUGGUGACAAACUUGUUUUCAAGUAUUCAGAAGGAGCGCACACUGUUCAUAGGGUUAACGGAACCGGGUUCCAGGAUUGCAGUGUACCGGCUAGCCCUGAAGCCCUAACUACCGGUAACGAUGUGAUCACAUUGAGUAGCCCUGGAAGGAAAUGGUACAUUUGUGGCGUGGGCAGGCAUUGUGAGGUAGGAAAGCAAAAGCUGGCCAUCACUGUGUUGCCAGUGGAGGGAGCCCCAGCAUCUUCUCCAACCCCCACUUCAGAUGCAGAUGCUUCAUUGAAAUUCCAUGUGUGGAUGGUGCCCAUGGUUGCUGCUCUUAUUGGGAUGUUGUUUUCUUAA